AUGAAUUCAAGAGGGAAACGUUUUGAGACCUGCCUGGUUCCGAAACGAUUCCCUUGUGGGGAAGCCUUGCAGAAGAACGGCAGCGCAGAACUGCUCCCGCCGCUAGGGCCCGGCUACGAGACCGGCUUCUUCGAGGCAAUCACGCUGGUCGCCGAGGGCUUUUUCUACCUGGGAGUCUUGUUCCUGACCGACUCUCAGCUCCUGCACGGUAUGGUCUGGCACCUGAACCGGAAACUGCUCGGGACGAGUGACGACGACAACGACGGGGACCGAGGGCCGCGCCUGGUGGUGGCGUCCAUGGACCCGGAAGUGGAGAGGGAGCAGAAGCAGGUCGAGAAGAUCUUUAAGCUCAGGGAGUUCAAGGACGUCAUCAUGGUUGUGAGGGGCCUGACCAAGUCGUUUGGAUGCAUGGGCAAGAAAGGCCUCGAGAAGACCAGCUUCCUCCUGCGCACAAACGAGUGCCUGGGCAUGGCGGGCCUGAACGGCUCUGGCAAGAGCGUCCUGAUGAAGCUCCUCGCGGGCGACCUGACGGCCACGGGGGGCAACGCGUAUAUGGCCGGACUCACGCUCAGCGGGGACCUUCGCCGUUGGCAGAUGGCCAUCGGCUACUCGUGCGACGGCCGCCUCGGUCUCGUACCCGUGCUCACCGGGGCCGAGAUGCUCGACCUGGUGGCCAGGCUUCGGGGCAUCUCUCCGGUCGCCAACCGCCGACUCGUCGUCUCCAGCACGCUCCUGCUGCUCAGCCCGCUUCAGGGGGACAAGCUUUGUGGCGACUACACGUAA